UAAAGUCUUCCAGAGGGAGAUGUUUGUCAUACCGUCAGCGCUUAAUCAUAGCGUGGACUAAAAAGUUGUCAUCCACUUAAAAUGUUAAAUAACUGAAGCGCCUACCGUGAAAGCUGAGGGCAAAUCCCUGAUAGAUUGAUUCAUCACUCCAGCUGCUCUUCUUCGUAGGGGACUUCUGUUUUCUGACUCUUACAGGUCCUCUUUGCCUUCCAAAUUACAAGUGACAGCAGUUGACCAAUACAUUCUCCUGAUCUCUGUUGUCUCCAGUGGAGGGUGAUGACUUUGGCAGGGAGCCUGUCGCUUCGUCUGCUUUUGGCCUUGACCACCAUGGCCUCAGGCCUUAAUAUCCCUCUAGAAGUGGAACAGCCUCCGACCAUAAUAACGUAUACAUCAGGUCCCAUAAUUGUACUUCAUUUUGACACGACCAUUAAUGUCAAGUGUAAAGCCCGGGGCAAUCCACCACCAGAGUACAGAUGGGAAAAGGAUGGCCAAGCAUUUGUCCCCCCAAACGUCCAAACAAUCAGAGCAAACCAGAGAAAGGGCUCACUUGUGCUUCAGAGUGAGGACAUGUCCGAGUUCGAGGGAAAAUACAGAUGCUACGCAUCGAACAAGCUGGGAACUGCUAUGACAAAUGAGAUCGAGAUUAAAGCUUUCAGUAUCCCUAAGUUUCCAAAGGAAACCCUCAGUCCCAUUGUUGUUAGUGAGGGAGAACCAAUCACCCUGAAAUGCAACCCACCAGAAGGUGUGGCCCCACGUCUUAUCUACUGGAUGACUGUUGAUCUCCAGCACAUUGAGCAGAAUGAGAGGGUUUCCAUGGGAACUGAUGGCAACCUGUACUUCUCUAAUGCCUUAAAGAAUGACAGUCGCCAGGAUUACGGUUGCUUUGCUGCCUUCAACAGGAUACGCACAAUUGUCCAGAAAAACGCCAUGGCUGUCGUGGUCAAACGCUUAAAACCUGCCAAUGACUCUUCAGAGAGCAGCCACACUCCUGUGGCCCCCCCAGCGAGAAUACCCAGCCUUUUGCUGCCCUCUGGUGUUCAGACUGAGAAGGUGUUGUUGAAGGGAGAGGAUCUACAGCUCGAAUGUAUACCCGAGGGAUUCCCUACACCAUCUGUGAAGUGGAUAAAAAUGGGAGAAGUCAUGAGUCCUCGGGUGAAAUUUAACAACUACAACAAGCUGUUGAGCUUAUCAGCAGUGGAAGAGAGUGAUGAGGGGAAGUACAUGUGCACAGCUGAGAACUCUGCUGGAAAGGCUGUCCACUACUUUGAUGUAAUAGUGGAAGAGCCACCAAAGUGGCUGACAGAGCCUCCUCAGAGCCAGCUCACUGUGAUUGGGUCUGAUGUGCACAUCAAGUGCUCCGUCAGUGGAAAACCACAACCAGCAAUAACGUGGAGGAGGAAUGGAGGAAUGUUCAGAGGUGACCCAGAUAAGAGGAUGCAAGUGUUUGAUGACACUGUGAUACUUUUCAAUGCCAAAGCGGAGGACAGUGGCGUCUACCAGUGUGAAGCCUCCAACAGACACGGAAAUAUUCUAGCCAACGUUAACAUCAUGAUCAUGAAUAUGGCUCCGCUUAUACUGACAGAGAACAACCAGGAGUAUGCUGCAGUAGUAGGAAAGGAAAUCACCAUGAACUGCAGUGUUUUCAGCUCUCCACCAUCCAGCAUCUCUUGGACCAAAGAUGAAAAAGCCAUCGAGGGGGAAGGUUUCCUUGCUCUUGAGAGCGGACAGUCAUUGAAAAUCAUUAACGCAGAAAAAGGUGACAGUGGGAAAUACAUCUGCUUUGCGAGUAACGUGGAGGGCUCGUCGGCUGUCACUGCUGUGCUGGAUGUGAAAGACGCUACAAAAAUAGUAGGUCCACCUCAGAACACGCAGGUUGACAGUGGGAAGUUGGCCAAAUUGAUGUGCAAGACUGAAUAUGAUGCAAGUCUGCAGGACACGUUUGAGCUGGUGUGGAGAAAGGAAAACAAGGAGAUCCCACUUUCCUCUGAGAAAAAUUCCAGAUACUCUGUGAAAGGUGCCAUGCUGGAGAUCAUGAAUGUAAACCUGAGUGAUCAGGGAACAUAUACAUGCACUGCUAGAACAAGCCUAGAUGAGGACUCUGCCACUGCAGUACUCACUGUACGGGAUGUUCCUGAUGCUCCGAUAAAGUUAGACCUGUCCGAACUUGACAGUCCAAGGAAUGUUGUUUUGUCUUGGAUACCUGGAAGCGAUCACAACAGCACCGUAACAGAAUUUGUAGUGGAGUAUGAAGAGAACCGCUGGGAGCCUGGGAGGUGGAAGGAGCUACAGAGAGUCACCGGUAACCAAGCAACAGCUGAGCUAAAACUAUACGGGAACCUUAACUACCAGUUCAGAGUGUAUGCUGUUAACGCCAUUGGACCCGGACCCCCGAGUGAGCCGACUGAACGACACAAAACACCCCCUGCUGCACCCGAUAGGAACCCAGAAAACAUCAAAAUUCAAGGCCAUCAUCCUCAUCAAAUGGAAAUCAGUUGGGAGCCGCUGUCACCUGUGGAGCGCAACGGCCCAGGCUUUGAGUACAAAGUGAAGUACCGCCAACUCGGGAUGGAAGAUAACUUCACGGAGCACAUGGUCAACAGAUCUGUGUUUCUCGUGAGCAACACGCCCACCUUUGUCCCCUACGAGAUUAAAAUCCUGAGCAGAAACAGCUACGGCUGGGGGCCAGAGCCUAAGCCUGUUACAGGUUACUCUGGGGAAGAUGUUCCUACUGCGGCACCACGGGACAUUGCUGUGGAGGUGAUCAACACCACUGUUCUGAGAGUUAGCUGGACCCCAGUUCCACCUGCCACGGUGCGAGGUCGCCUGGGUGGUUAUAAUGUUCACUGGGUGAGGAGAAGAAGUCUCCUGAAUCCCGACAAGAUUUUAGAUUUGAGUCACUCCAUGUCCUUUUCUGGAAACAGAAGUCAUGUCAUUGUGCCAGGACUCGAACCUUUUUCUGAAUACAAACUCACCGUUUAUGUUUUCAACAAGAAGGGCAAUGGACCCAAGAGUGAUCCGGUGACCUUCAAUACACCAGAGGGAGUUCCAGAGCAAGUUAGCGUCCUGACUUCCUCCAUCAUCCAGAGAGAUUCAGUUAGGCUGGAAUGGGCACAGCCGCCAAAGUCAAAUGGCAUCCUCACCGGUUACCUCCUGCAGUACCACCUCAUUAAUGAGACUGCACUCGAUGUGAUUGAUUCCAAAGAGAUCAACAUUACCGGGGCUGACACCAACCAUUGGACAAUUCAGGGAUUAAAGGGGGACAGCCUUUACCGCUUCGACCUCAGGGCGUGCACUCGAGCAGGUUGUGGGCCUCCACAGGCCGAAGAGAGCCACACUGAUUUUCCAGAGCCAGUUCCAGCCCUGUUGAACAUAAGCUCUUACGUGAGUGACACCUUUGCCAAAAUCAGCUGGACUGCCAGAGAAGAGCAGCGGAGCUUGCAGCUUUAUGUGGCUUAUAUGAAUAACCGUGAUGGGAACUGGCGGAUUUCAGAGGCUGUAAACGCUUCUCAAAGUUUCCACAUAAUUGACGGGCUCGAACCGGGGACGGUGUACACCGUGCGCCUCAUGGCUAAGAGGCUGCUCGAUAAUGCUAGUAUUUUCGAAGACGUUAUCGAGACACGCACCAAAGGUGCUGCAAGUCAAGAGAGCAGCUUUUCAACCCACGGCUGGAUGAUUGGGACCAUGUGCGCUGUGGCACUGCUCACCAUUGUUGUGGUCAUUGCCUGCUUUCUGCGGAAAAACAAAGGUGGCAAGUAUGCAGGUACGCCAUCGCCACAGCGACAAGAAAAGCUCGCCAUGGAAAAAGUGAAAGAAAAGGAAGAGCCCCACUCUGACACGGAGUCACAGAAAAUGAAUGAUGACACCUUCUGUGACUACAGCGACAGCGAUGAAAAGCCACUGAAGGGCGGUAGCCUGUGUUCCCUGAAAGGAGAUGACGCAACUGGGGACAGUGUCAGCAGAUGCACCCUAGGCGACUAUGCAGACGGUGGAAGAGAGUUCAAUGAGGACGGCUCAUUUAUUGGGGAGUACUCUGGACACAGGCAUAGAGGCUCUGUUAGCGAGCCCAACGGACCCAGUCUUGUGAACGUAUAAAAGCCGAGCUCCAACUGAACUGACUUCUACUUGAGAUCCUUUCAGGAUACUUUUUCAUUCAGAUUCCCAACAUUCAGUGAAGCUCAAACAGCCAAAUAAGGGAACUGACUCAAGCAAAAAGUUUAAAAGCGGGUAGAAGUUUUGCCCACAGCCUUUAAUGGUAAGAAAAAAGGGUGGAAAGUGUGUUUUUGUACAUCCUGUAUGAAAAGUGAUUAAUGUAAGAUUUUAAAGUUUGAUAAUUUUAUUAAUGAUGAAGUGUUUUUAACCUUUCAGCCACAGUUUUACAUCUACUGUAACAAAGGCAUACGAUAAAUCACUUUCCACAGAGUAAGUGUGCAUUUAAACGUCAAAACAUUUUUUUUACACAGCAGAUGAAACUAACACAUACAGUAGAUAUGCUUAUGUGUUUGCAGCAUGUUUACAUAUUCAUGGCGUAUAGUUCAACGCAGGGUGUCGUAUUUAUUAAAGACAGAAUCACUCUUAUGAUUACAAUACUGUUCUUUUACUGUACAGUUUGGUUGUUAAUAAGCAAAUGUCAAAGUCGAUCAUUUGUAAUUUUUUUUAUAAUCAAAAUGUUGAUGUUCUUUUUGUGUCAAUA